AUUUGACUUUUAUGUACAUGGACUUCAUCUUCCAACAUUUAAUCAGGAUGACAACAAAAAAAAUGGGAUAGAAGUCAAAAAUUGGGAUAGUGAGGGAUAACGAAGAAAUAAGCUAAAUUCCAUGAAAAGCCAUUACUAGAACUUGUCAUUGAUAUUCGUGAUUAGGAAAAAAACUAAAACCCAAAAUUGAAAUCGUUUGAAUGGCGGACUAUUAGACAUUGUUUUUGUGUUACAUGUUUGGGAUAAUACGAUAUAGAGAGAUAUUUGUAAACCAAAACUCAUUUCCUUUCGAUACAUUUUAGAGGUCCUAAAAUGGAAUUUUACUACGGGGACUUAUUAAGGGGGGCUUUCCCUCUUAAAAAGUCCUUAGCGAGUUGCCUUCCCUGCUGUUAAGUUAAGUUAAGUCGAUUAAUUGGCCGUAUCGGGGGUACUCCGUGCAGGCGACCCAUUUACGUAAUGUCCGGUGUGACAGAAAUGAUAAUUCUAGGAAUGGAAGUCCCAUAUGACCGGGGUCCCAUAUGACUUGGACAUUUUUAUGUCCAAGGUACAGAUAGCCAGAUAGCCAGUCUACUCGAACUACCAAGGCAGAAUGACAGCACCACCGCCGCCUGUUAUUCCAGAAUUCAGCGGACUGGUUCCCAACCCUGCAGGCACCGGACUCUUCACGUCUUGUACGAGUCCCUCUCACGGCAACCUCACUACCGCAGUCAUGAUGCCCAAGUCAUGCGCAGACGAUACAAGAUGUGUCACCAACUUCCUCUUCCUCUUUAUGGGGUUGUCCAGCCAAGUUUGUCUUUGUCCAUUGACAUCUACCCCUAAUGUCUUAAACGGUACCUGUGACCCCAUCCAAGGCAGAGCCUGCCUAACCUCUGACGAAUGUAACAUCCUCCCUUUUGAUUGUGUGGGUCUUGAUAGCUGGAACAUUACUGCAGCAUACGACCCAGUCUUGCUGAAAGCGUUUCUCCGGCCCCUUGUGUUCUACAUUUGUUCGAAUACUGUUGAGUACCGCACCAGGAUUCCAUUGUACGUCUGCGCGGCCAGUCAAUGCCAGUACUUCCAAACCGCCGCCAUAACGCCUUUCGACCCAUUCGGGGGAGGUGGAGGGCUUGGAAGAAAGAAGAGAGAUGUGGACGAAGAGUUGUCCGACCUAGAGGUGUCAGAGGGCCAGAGGGAAGAUGCUGUUAACACGCGGGAGAAACGCCAGGCUGAUGAGAAAUGCCGACUCAUAGCAUCGCCUGCUGUCACCUCCAUUGAAAAAAUGUGGGAAUUUCUGUUCGGGGACAUUUAUCCGUAUGGCUGUGAAAAUAUAUCAGGCUAGCUUUGACGUUAUGGCUACAAAAUGACAUCAUCAGCGCAGAAUGACGCCAUUGCUACAUAACGACGUCAUGACCACAGAACAAUCUCAUGUCCACAGACAGUGUCGCAACUCUGUUCCUUAACGCGUCACCAAUGUGCUUAAUGAAAGUUGAUUCUUUUUAUUUUUCCCAGUCAUUUAGCUGUUGGCAACGUGAUGAGAGAGAUAUACGAUAGACAACUAUUGUGCAGACUUUCCUGAAUGGUCAUCACGACAGUUAAGGGUUUUAAUUUUGUUUGAAAUGCGUUAAAGCGUUAAAUAUGUUUCUGUUGUAUCUCCUUUGACAAAAAUU